AUGCUGCCUCGGUUUGUCCCUGCGACUGUCCCAUGUCGACUGGCAGGCACAACUAAAUGCUUUCACAGCAAGGUUCCUGGCCUACUCUCGUUCCGCGAUGCUAAUGCUAGCGUCAAUGCACUAGUUCAUAUCGCCCCCCCGGAGCGUGUAGACGGACGUCUCGACCUUAGGGUCGCUGUCAAGGACAACAUCUGCACUUCAGGGAUGCCAACAACGUGCUCCUCGGCGAUGCUACUCGGCUUCACAUCGCCAUUUGAUGCUACUGUCGUCGAGCUGCUUCAAGCAGAGGGAGCGCAGCUCAUAGGCAAAACAAACUGUGACGAAUUCGGGAUGGGCUCUCUGAACACCUAUAGCUUUCAUAAUCCGGUGAUCAAUCCGUUCCAAGCAGCGGGCAGCACUGUCCAAUGGACGGACCGCGAACGCCGCUCAGCAGGAGGUAGCUCUGGGGGGAGCGCAGCAUCUGUAGCUGCUGGAUUGAAGGAAAGUGCACUGGCUACAGAUACAGGUGGCUCGAUACGGCUUCCUGCCUCUUAUUGCGGGGUCGUAGGACUGAAACCCUCUUACGGCCUCGUUAGUAGGUGGGGUGUUGUCUCAUACGCAGAUAGCCUGGAUUGUGUGGGAGUCAUGGCCCGUUCUGUGGACACAGUGAAGAAGCUGUUCGACGUCAUUUCCUCUUACGAUCCCAAAGAUCCAACAGCAGCCCAUCCAAGGGCCAGGAAGAAGGCUGUCAAGGCAAGCCAUGCGUCCUGGUUGCGAGCUCCCGGAGAGUCGUUGAAAGGAUUACGUAUCGGUAUCCCCCAGGAGUACUUCCCAAGCGAGCUUGAUGCAAGCACACUUAAACCGCUUCGCCGCGUUCUUGAAUACCUCAAGUCCCGCGACGCUACUCUCAUUCCAGUCUCCCUCCCCACAACACCGUAUGCGCUCAGUGCCUACUACGUCAUUUCGAGCGCGGAGGCAAGCAGUAACAUGGCGCGUUACGAUGGGGUCCAAUACGGAUACUUCAGUCCGACGCCGCCUGACCUCGACAAAACGAAGGCGGCGAAUGUCUACGCGCACAGCCGAUCGUCUGGCUUUGGCAAUGAGGUUCAGAAGCGGAUACUACUUGGAACCUACGCCUUGUCAGCUGAUGCCUUCGACAACUACUUCCUGCAAGCCCAGCGCGUCCGGAACCUCGUCCGCGCCGACUUCGACCGCGUCUUUGCCGUGCCAAACGUACUUUCCCCGACCCGGCGUAAAAAUAAAGCAGCAGAGGAAGGUAUACACGUCCUGCUCCACCCAUCUGCAAUACGUACCGCUCCGCCGCUUGAAAGCAGAGACGAUGCACAGGAGUCGGACGAGAGCGUCCUCGACGCGUACGUGCAGGACGUGCUCAACGUCCCGGCUUCUCUCGCGGGUCUUCCUGCCAUGAGCGUGCCAGCAGGCUUAGGCGAAGACGGUUGGCCGGUGGGGGUCAGCAUUGUUGGGCAGUGGGGAUCUGACGAGUUGGUGAUGGAGGUCGGGAGAGAGUGCGAACGCGCUGACCUAGCCGUUGACUGA